AUGCUCCGCUUUUGUUUUUACAACAUUGCCAUGGUGAAUAUUUAAAACUUAUUUCCAAUUCGGUUUUGUUGUGGAAGAAAUGAACUGAAAUAUGUCCAAAGAUGUAUUUAAUUGUACAACAUAAGUGAGUGGCUUCAGAUUAAUCAAAAAUACCUUGAACUGGGAAGUGGUCUUGGCGGAAGUGAAAUUAGAAAGAAAUAAAAAGAAGGAAGUGUAUCAAAAUUGGUUUCGAAUUCAAAAUUACAAAAAAAUGAAAUUUUUACUUACUGCCCUGCUGUGCAUCAUGUCGGUAACAUUGAUCAGCUAUACCUCGGCCCUGACCACCACCAAGACUGAAAUUGUCAAACACACAGACUCCGAUCCGGAAAAAGAAGGCUUUUGGGCCCGCAAAGAAUCCUGGAAAUCACGUUGGGUCAAAUAUUGGCGUCCGAAAACAAUUUAUGUUCCCGUUUGGAAAAAAGUCUGGACACCGGUUAUUCAAAACGAAUGGGUACCACUGCCCAACUCGCCUGUAGGAUGGUCCAAGCAUGACAAGAGUUCCGUCAGUGAAAUAGUCUAUUAAGGAUUUAGUAUAUAAGUUAACGAAGCGUGAAUUUGGAUUAAGGUUAUAACCAUACACAAAUUCAUCCUCUUGCUUUUUGUUCCAUUUUAAAACUUGCCAUAUAUUUAUAUGUAAUGUAUUUAUUUAUUUAUUGAAAUAUAAUUUAUUUUAAAACCGCAAAGGGGAA